GCUUCUUCCAUAUUUUGUACCGUUUCAUCCAGCUAGAUAUUGGGUUCAUACACGUGCAGUAUAUCUUCCAAUGGGAUAUUUGUAUGCAAGAAGGCAAAGUGCCGAAGUUACACCACUAAUUGAAAAAUUAAGAGAGGAAUUAUAUACACAAUCUUAUGAUACUAUAUAUUGGCCAAGUGCAAGAAACAAUGUCUCAAAUGCUGAUCGAUAUGUUCCUGCUACAAAAACCUUGGCAUUUUGUAAUUCUCUCUUGAAUAUUUAUGAAAAACUACCAAAUUUUUUUGGAUUACGUGAAAUAUCCAUCGAGGAAGCAUACAGGUUAAUUAAAUGUGAAGAUUUAAAUACAGAUUAUCUAGAUAUUGCACCUGUUAAUAAAGUCAUGCAUAUUCUCUGCACAUAUUAUGAAGAAGGCCCAGAAUCAGAAACAUUUAUGUUGGCAAAAGAUAGAUUGAUUGAUUAUAUGUGGAUGACUUCAGAAGGCAUGUUGAUGAAUGGUACAAAUGGAGUUCAAGUAUGGGACACUGCAUUUGCUGCUCAGGCAAUCAUUGAUAUAGGUUUAGCUGAUGAAGUUUCAAAUCAUAAAUCAAUGAUAAAAGCACUUGAAUUUUUAGAUGAUGCACAAAUUAAACGUGAUCCAAUUGAUAUGAAAGAAUGUUAUAGAUUCCAAGCAAAGGGGGCAUGGGGAUUUAGUACUCGUGAUCAAGGAUACACAGUUUCUGAUUGUUCAUCUGAAGCUUUAAAAUCAGUCAUUUAUCUUCAAAAACUUGGUUAUACACCAAAAAUUGUUCCUAAAGAACGCCUUUAUCAGACUGUUGAUGUUUUACUAAACAUGCAAAAUAGUGAUGGAGGAUUUGCAAGUUAUGAACCAAUCAGAGGCUCUAAAUUGUUGGAAUGGAUAAAUCCUGCUGAAGUAUUUGGAAAUAUAAUGAUAGAAUAUAGUUAUCCUGAAUGUACAACUGCUGUAUUGACUGCAUUAAAUUUAUUUAAAAAAUAUUAUCCUGAUUAUCGAUCACAAGAAAUUGAAAAGGUUUCUCAGAAAGCAAUUCAAUAUAUUUAUAAUUCACAAUAUGAAGAUGGUGGUUGGUUUGGCUCAUGGGCAAUAUGCUUUACAUAUGCUACCAUGUUUGCAUUAGAAAGUUUGGCAAGUGCUGGUGAAAAUUAUGAAAAUAGCAUCCAUGUGAAAAAAGGUUGCGAUUUUUUAAUUUCAAAGCAAAAAGAUGACGGUGGAUGGGGCGAAUCUUAUAAGUCCUGCGAACUUGGAGAAUAUGUCCAACACGAGCAAUCACAAGUAGUUAAUACUGCUUGGGCAGUGCUUGGGUUGAUGAAAGGCAAAUAUCCUGAUGAAGCUCCUAUACGUCGUGGGGUUGAACUUAUUAUGUCACGACAACUAGAGACAGGUGAAUGGAAACAAGAAGCAAUAGAAGGAGUAUUUAAUAAAACUUGUGGUAUUAGUUAUCCAAAUUAUAAAUUCAUAUUUACCAUAUGGGCUCUGGGAAAAUAUGCACGACUAUACAAUAAUCCAAUCAUUCAAAAGUGA